AUGGAGGUCUUCGACUUCGAGGACGUCAUGCUCGUCCCCCGCAGGGGUGUGCUGGAGAGCCGCGCCAUGGCCGACGUGUCCGCCCAGCUUGGGAAGCGCAGGUUCCGCAUCCCGCUCAUGGCUGCCAACAUGCCCGCGAUCAUCGACGAGAACAUCGCCAUCGAGCUGGCGAAGCGCGACUACUUCUACGUCAUGCACAGGUUCAACAUCGACACCGUGGAGUUCGCCCGCCGGAUGCGGGAGCUCGAGCUCUUCGUCUCCGUGUCCAUCGGCGUGCAGCCGGACUCGUACAAGGUGGUUGAGGAGCUGAAGGCGGCGAACCUGGUGCCCGAGUACCUCACCAUCGACGUGGCGCACGGGCACGUCGAGGCGAUGCGCAAGAUGAUCGCCUUCGUGCGCAGCAACUUCGGGAGCGAGACGUUCAUCAUCGCGGGCAACGUGGCCACUGCGCAGGGCGUGCGCGACCUCGAGAGCUGGGGCGCUGACGCCACGAAGGUGGGCCUUGGUCCCGGUUACGUCUGCAGCACCUCGACGCGCACCGGCUUCGGCACCCGCGGCUGGCAGCUGUCCGCCAUCCAAGAGUGCGCGCGCGCGGCUCGCAAGGUCAUCAUUGCCGACGGCGGGUGCCGCAUGAGCGGCGACAUCGUGAAGGCCAUCCACAUGGGCGCCGACUGGGUGAUGUCCGGCUACUUCUACACCGGGUUCGUGCAGACCCCCGGUGAGACCCAGGUGAAGGACGGCAUAAAGGUCAAGAGCUACUACGGCAACGCGUCGGCCGUGAACAAGCAGAGCGCCCACCGCGUGGAGGGCAUCGAGGUGUUCGUGCCGUGCGGCGGCUCGCUCUACGAGAAGAUGGUGGAGAUCGAGCAGGACCUGCAGUCCGCCGUGUCGUUCGCCGGCGGCGUCUGCAUCAACGACGUGCGCAACACCGAGCACGUCAUCAUCCCGAGGCGCAGGUAG